AUGUUGGAUUGGUUUUGGUGGAUAUUUCUGCCGUUUGCGCCUCCCGGAAAACUAACACCAGAGGAAAACGCACGUCUCGCAAAAACAUGCGGAGCCGGACAUCGAAGUGUACCCAAGAUGUUUGGUGCGGAAAAGCUUAUGAUCGAUGAGUAUCCAUGGAUGACUAUAUUGAAUCUUGAGCCCGGCUUGUGCACUGGAACACUGAUCUCCCCUCGCCACAUACUGACUGCUGCCCACUGCGUGACACUUGGCAUCGAACCACAAGUAGAGCAAGAAAAGUGUCCAGAAAGGAAGUUUUGUGUUCGACCAGAAGUUAUGUACUAUUUGGGCGGUAAUAAGUGCACUGAUUACGCAAGGUGCGAUGGCUGGAAGACAGCAUACAAGGUGUGUUUCCAAGUUGAUUAA